AUGUCUUAUGAACAGGCUUUUGGUGAGACUUCAUCCCUCACUAAACAAGUGAGAUCUCAGAGUGUAGAGAGGCCUUACGCAUGUAAGGAAUGUGGGAAAGCAUUCAGUCGGACCUCCACCCUUAUGACACACAUAAGAACUCACACUGGAGAGAAGCCUUUUGAAUGUCUGGAGUGUGGGAAAGCCUUCAGGCAGCUCCCAGCCCUCACUGCGCACAUCAGAACUCACACUGGAGCGAGGCCCUAUGAUUGUAAGGAAUGUGGGAAAGCCUUCAGGCAGCUCUCAGCCCUCACAGCACAUAGAAGGAUUCACACUGGAGAGCGGCCUUACAAAUGUCAGGAGUGUGGGAAAUGCUUCAAUCUGCCGUCCCACCUCAGCCGGCAUAUAUAUUGUCACAGUGGAGACAGACCUUAUGAAUGUAAUAAAUGUGAGAAAUCCUUUAGUGAUACUUCAGCGCUCUCUACACAUCUAAGAAUUCACAGUGGAGAGAAGCCUUACGAAUGUAUUGAAUGUGGGAAGGCCUUUAGUCAGGCAUCACACUUCACUACACAUCUAAGUUCUCACUCUGGAGAGAGACCUUACUGCUUUUGUAAGGAAUGUGGGAAAGCCUUCAUGUGUCCUUCAAACCUUACUAAACAUUUAAGAACACACAGUGGAGAGAAGCCUUAUGUUUGUAAAGAAUGUGGAAAAGCCUUUAAUCAUGCCUCCUCACUCACUGAGCAUACGAGAAUUCACAGUGGUGAGAAGCCUUAUGAAUGUAAGGAGUGUGGGAAGGCCUUCAGUUACGCCUCAUCUCUUGUUACACAUAUACGAGUUCACACUGGAGAGAAGCCCUAUAUAUGUAAGGAGUGUGGGAAAGCCUUCAGCCAGGCUUCCUCACUUACCACACAUUUGAGGACUCACAGUGGAGAGAGGCCUUACGAAUGUCAAGAAUGUGGGAAAGCCUUUAAUAGGGCGUCUGGCCUCAACAAGCAUAUGCGGAACCACAGUGAUGUCAAGCCUUACGUCUGUAAGGAGUGUGGGAAGGCCUUCUGCCAGGGCUCCCAGCUCACUAGGCACGUCAGCUGUCACAGUAGGGACCGGCCGUAUGAGUGUGAUGAGUGUGGCAAAGGCUUCCGGCAGAUCUCCUCACUCACUCGGCACAUGAAGAGCCACAGUGGAGAGAGGCCUUACGAGUGUCAGGAGUGUGGGAAGUGCUUCACUCUGUCCUCCCACCUGGCCAGGCACAUCAGUACACACAGUGGCGAGAGGCCCUAUGAGUGUAAGGAGUGUGGGAAAGCCUUUAACGACUCCUCAGCCCUGACCACACACAUUAGAACACACAGUGGGGAGAAGCCCUACGAAUGUACGAUCUGUGGGAAGGCUUUCAGUCAGGCCUCCAAUUUCAAUAGACACAAGACUGCCCACAAUGGACAGAGACCCUAUGAAUGUAAGGAGUGUGGGAAAGCCUUCCGGUCUUCCUCAAACCUUAACAGCCAUAUAAGAAUUCACAGUGGAGAGAGGCCUUACGAGUGCAGCGAGUGUGGGAAGGCCUUCAGUCACGCGUCCUCCCUCAAUGACCAUGUGCGAACCCACAGUGGGGAGAAGCCUUACGCGUGUAAGGACUGUGGGAAGGCCUUUAGCUACGCCUCGUCCCUCAUCACCCACAUCAGGACCCACACUGGGGAGAGGCCCUACGCCUGUAAGGAGUGCGGGCGCGCCUUCAGCCACGCGUCCGCCCUCACCACACACAUCAGAAUCCACAGUGGAGAGAGGCCGUACGGCUGUAAGUACUGUGGGAAGGCCUUCAGUCUGUCCUCACACCUCAGCAGACACCUCAUCUCUCACACUAAGGAGAAGCCCUAUGAAUGUACGGAGUGUGGCAAGGCCUUUAGUGACUCCUCGGCCCUCUCCACCCACAUCAAAACUCACCGGGGGGAGAAGCCCUACGAGUGUGAGCAGUGCGGGCGGGCCUUCAGUCGCCUGUACAACCUCACCAGACACGCCAACUGUCACAAGGGGGAGACGCCUUGUCAGUGCGGAGUCUGUGGCGCGACGUUCCGCGACUUCCCGGCCCUCACUGCUCACAUGCGUGUUCACAGUGGGGAGAGGCCUUACGAGUGUGAGGAGUGUGGGGAGUCCUUCAGCUCGUCCUCCCACCUCACCGCACACAUCCGCUCCCACAGCGAAGGGACCACCGUGUAUCAGACGUGGGACGGUUCCUUCUUACUGCUGUAG